UACAAUCAGCUGUUGUGCAGAUAGUGCGCACUACGCAGCUUAUAUAUAUACACAUAUAAACAAAAUUUGACAAGAAAAUGGAUUGUGCACCGCUAAAUUUGGCUCACUUUCAUGAACGUCGGUCAGAGCGUUUCCUUCGUCAUCAUCGGUACGAAGAGGCCAUCAAGGCACUGGAGACUUCGUUAAUUUAUCUGCAAGAUGCUUACAAGAAUGUCUCACUUCCCAAAUCGAGAGAAAUUCUCGACACACUCACGUUGGACUUCCAGCGAAAGUUGCGCCAGCUUGAAAUGCGUAAAACGCAACAUGGACUAAAUAAAAUGAAGGACUUUGCUCCACUGAAGGAGACCAGCCCUAUGCUGCCGUUGCGACCAGAUAAUUGCAGUGGAUUAGGGUCUGCACAGUCGGUAGCCAAAGCCAUUGAUAAAACAGUGCAGGACUUCGAUGCAAAAUUUACUUCGACAUUAACCCCAAAAGCAAAUUCACCAAAUUCAGCUAUGACAGACACACAGGCGGAUACUAUGUCACGUAGCGAUCCCCAGGCCAGUCUGACAGAAGAACCAGGCCAGCCCAUACUAGAGGGACACGAAGAGCUGGACUUGCCUUCGCUGGCCCCACUAGAGUUGCCUUCCUUUGAUUAUAGCAUGUUUACUAGCUCGUCGGCCCCUUCGCUAGCCAGUUACGCCGGAUUGUCCGAGAGCUUUCAAAAGUAAUUCUAAAUCCCUAAGUUUGUGAUAAAUAAUACAAUUAGUUUGUAGGCGUAUGCUAUAUAAUAAAAAACUUUUAUUUGGCCAUCAGUCCUUUUAGAAGAUCAUCCAUA